AUGACGUCUGUCACCACUCCCCCGUCCCCCAAAACACGUCAAAAGCCCGAAGCCAGUCGCAGCAUACAGAACGUUGCCUCUCCCUGCGGAGCUACUGUUGCCAGUGACGACUACGUCUUGUCCGCCGAGCGACCCGACGGCCCAUCGCGCAAACCAGGAAAGAAGCAGGCCGCAACAAUCAAGAAGGACUCAAUCGAGUCCAAGACCUCGAUGAAGGUGCACGCGACAACUGAGGAAACGAGGAAUCGAAAGAAGGGAAAAGAGAAGGCAAAGCUUGACAUCGAACAAGACAUCCCUGCCGGUCAAUGUCACCACAGAGAUGAGCCUCGUCACAGCCCUCGCAAGAUCAAGCCAAUGAGAAGUGCUCUCAAAACGCGGGUCAUGGCCAUCCCGAGAUCCAAGUCAGAGACCUCUCCGCGUAUGACGGGUGCUCUAGGAAACCCCAAACAGAGUGAAAAUCACAAAGUCGUCAAACGCAAGAAGGAGGUCGACAGGGAUGGAUCACCCAAGAAAGCUCGAAAGGAUCCGAUGGAGGUGACGCUUCGCACAGUUGAAAUGGUUGGCCGGCUCUCGACGGGUGACCUCAGUUACCCCACGCAAGGAACUCGCAACAACCAAGUCACUCCUCAGCGAGACCCUCCGAAGAUCCAGGAUACGCCGUAUCAUGAUGAGUCGGAUAGCGCUGAGGAAUUCGACAUCGACUCGCCGCCGCCUUCUCCGCCAAGGCCAGUUCAUCAAGGCGGCGGUCGAUACGCACCGGACCAGCUUCGCCGUGUAGCAUAG